UGAUUAAACAAGCAGGAAAGGAAAAAGCACAAACAAGAAAAGCUUCCAGAGCACCUACAGAUCUAGCGGAAAGAGGGAGAGCAUUUCCACUGGGUCACGUUCUUUGCCAUUCGUCAACUCUUCUUCCCAAAUCAAUCGGAGAGACUCUUUGCAGCCUGGAGUAAUGGCUGGCGUGCUUCUCUCACCCUUGCUAUCGGUGGUGCUUGGGAAGGCGACCGACCAUGUUGGAGAACAGUUUGGACGGAUGUGGGGCAUCCAUGAGAAGCUAGAAAAGCUGAAAAGAACGCUGCUGGCAAUCCAGUACAAACUUGGAGAUGCAGAGGAGCGCCAAGUCAAGGAUGCGGCUGUGAAGAGCUGGCUGGCUGCACUGAAGGAUGCAGCCUACGAAGCAGACGACAUACUGGAUGAGUUCAAUGUCGAAGCAAUGCGGCGGAAGGCAGAGAUUCAGAUCGAUAUGACAAAAAAGGUGCGCAGCUUCUUUUCUCUUGGCAAUCCAGUUUGGUUUCGCCUUAAGAUGGGGCGAGAGUUGCAUGCUAGUGCUGAAAAAAUAGAGAAACUAGUAGACGAGGGAAAUAAAUUUGGUUUCGAGGUCAAAACCCAACCCCAAAACAGGGACAGGCCACAAACCCACUCUUAUGUUGAUGAAUCAGAGGUCAUUGGUAGGGAGGAAGAUAAAGAAAAAAUAGUGAAGUUGUUACUGGAUCAUGAUAACAUUAACCAGAAUGUUGCAGUCCUUCCCAUAGUUGGGAUGGGAGGUUUGGGUAAGACCACACUGGCCCAAUUGAUUUACAAAGAUGAGAGGGUGGAGAAACAUUUCCAGCCGCUGCUCAUAUGGGUCUGUGUGUCGGAUGAGUUCGAUGUUGCAAAACUUGCUCAAGCAAUAAUAGCUUCAGCCACAGGGAAAGAGUGCGAGCUAUCGACCAUGGAGUUGUUACAACGCGGCCUUCGAGAAGUUGUAAGUGGGAAGAGGUACUUGCUUGUAUUAGAUGAUAUUUGGAACGAGGAUCAGGCAAAGUGGGAUCAGCUAAAAACUAUACUAGCAACUGGUGGAGAAGGGAGUAGGAUUGUUGUGACUACACGAAGUAAGCGGGCAUCGUCGAUAAUGGGUACCCUCGGCACUUAUCACCUACCGACUUUGACUGAGGAUGAUUCUUGGGCAUUGUUUAGGAAGAGAGCAUUUGAAGGGGGAGCAGAAGAGCCUCAAAAUCUCGUAAGCAUCGGCAAGGAGAUUGUCAAGAAAUGUGGUGGGUUGCCUCUGGCAGUGAAGACACUGGGGGGAUUAAUGCAUUUCAAGAGCCAGGAAAGGGAAUGGUUGUCCGUGAGGGAUAGCGAGAUUUGGGAUCUGCAGGUCGGUGAAGAUGAGAUCUUACCAGCACUAAGGUUGAGCUACAGUCAUUUGCCUUCCGAUUUAAAACAGUGCUUUCCUUUUUGUGCCAUAUUUCCGCAGGAUUAUGUGAUGGAAAAGGAUCUGUUAAUUCAACUAUGGAUGGCAAACGGAUUCAUUCCAUCCGAUGGAAGAAAGGAGUUGGAGGACAAAGGGCAUGAGAUUUUUAAUGAGUUGGCUUGGAGAUCUUUCUUUCAGGAUAACAAAGAUGCUGAGGAGCACAGUGCUCGCUCAUACAGGCAUGAACUUUAUUAUAGAACAACAUGCAAGAUGCAUGACCUCAUGCACGAUCUGGCACGAUCCAUUAUGGGGAACGAAUGCCUUAGCAUACUGGACCCUGCCAGGUGGGAAGAUGUACCUCAGAAAACCCGUCACUUGUGUACACAUGAGGAGUUUCGAUCGUACAUUCAUAGGACCUUGAAUAAUUAUCCAAAUAUUCGCACUCUCCUGUCCUCCGUACCAAAGAGACUCUAUACUGAUAUCACAGUGACUGCGGGUUCGUCAAAGCCGAAGCCCUUGAGAGCAUUGGAUCUACAUGGUACUAUUAUCACACGACUACCUAUUGCAAUUGCAUAUUUGAAACAUCUGAGAUACCUCGACCUUUCUGAUACUCCUAUUGAAAUAUUACCGGAUGCCACCAGCACACUUUUCAAUCUACAAACUCUGAAACUCUCUUACUGCCGGAAUCUGCGUAAGCUGCCCAAAGACAUGAGAAAUAUGAGUAGCCUGAGGCAUCUCUACAUUGACAGAUGUGGUAAUCUGAAGCAGCUGCCAGCAGGUAUGGGGCAAUUGAGCAGCCUGCGAACAUUGACCAAAUACAUCGUAGGCAAUGAUGCUGGAAGGCGUAUAGGUGAGUUGAAUAGCUUAAAUCUCAGUGGCCUUCUAGAGCUGUAUAACCUGAGGAAUGUGAGGGAUGCAGCAGAUGCUAAACAAGCUAAUAUUUGUUCCAAGCUAAACCUUUGCUUAUUAAUAUUAUGUUGGGAUUUGAUUCAGUGGUAUCCCCCUCAGUGCUAUGCAGAAAGUGCCCAUAAAUAUUUUGAAGAAGAUGUUUUGCCAGUAGAAAAUGCUGAAGAGGUGUUGGAAGCCCUUAGACCUCAUGAUGGCUUAAAUCUGCUGACAGUAUGGCAUUACGGGGGCGGUAGCUUUCCAAUGUGGAUGAUGGACUCUCCAUUGCUACAAAAUUUAGUUGAGAUCCAUUUGGGAUUUUGCACAGGAUGCCAACAUCUCCCGCCUUUGUGGCAGCUACCUUUUCUUAAAUUUCUCUAUAUGAUUAAGAUGGAUAGGAUCAAGCAUAUUUGUAGCAGCACCAUCUAUGGCAAUGCAAGUAAUGGCAUAGUGCGAGCAUUCCCCUCACUGAAGAGACUGGUGUUGCAUACGAUGCAUAGCUUGGAGAAGUGGUCAGAGUUUGAAGGAACUGCAGAGGUCACGUUAGUUUUUCCUCACCUUGCUAAGCUUGAGAUCAUUAAUUGCCCAAAUUUGAUGACCAUGCCAGAGCUUCCAUCUCUCAAAAGUUUUAAAAUGAAAGGAACUACUAAUAAGCAGUUGGGCUUGAUCUGUAGUCUGACGACACUCUCUUCCCUUAGCAUUCAUGUCUAUAAAACAAGCGAUGGUACAGAGUCGCCUCCUGUUGCUGAUCAGAAGAAAAUGUCUUUCAGCUAUUUCAGAUCUCUUGAAAAGUUAGCUAUUACCGCAUUGGAGGAUCUAGCACCAUUGCUGGAGGAGGAGGAGGAUAUGAGAGGGCUGAGCACAUCCCUGCAUCAUUUGGAGAUUAAAUCCUGCAAUUGGAUUUUUUCACCACCACUGCAAUCAUCACCACCUUUGGCAUUUUAGAAGAACCUUACUUCUCUCCAAUA